GGAGCCCCGAACUGAUGACCACCGCACAGAAAUUCCUCUGAAGAAUCGAAAUAGUUUUAAAAUCAUCUGGCUUCGGCUGAGUUACAGAAAUGCUUUUUCGCUCCAUUGUUGACAGAGGAGUCUGUAAACGGAGGCGCAAUGACCUCAGCCCAAAAUACAAUUUGUCCUCUCUGCUGGACGGCUACCAGUGUGCCCGUCAUGAUGAACACAUCUCACACGGGACCUUGGGGGUCGCCGUGCCCCCAGUUGGAUGCGCCUUCUCUACAGCCCCGGGGAUGCAGGGCGUCCUUGCGGUGGCCAAUGAGGAGGGAGUCCUGAGGCUCUACAACACAGAAAACCGCAGGAAAAGUCCACUUCUGAAAGAAUGGAUGGCACAUGAUAAUGCUGUCUUUGACCUUGCUUGGGUGCCAGGGGAGGCUAGCUUGGUUACCGCAUCAGGUGAUCAGAUGGCCAAGCUGUGGGAUGUGACAUCAGGGGAGCUCCUUGGCAGCUUCAAGGGGCACCAGUGCAGCCUCAAGUCUGUUGCAUUCACACAGCAGGAGAAGGCUGUGUUCUGUACUGGGGGGCGAGAUGGGAAUAUUAUGGUCUGGGACACAAGGUGCAGCAAAAAAGAUGGCUUCUACAGGCAGGUGAAGCAGAUCAGUGGGGCUCACAAUAAGACAGACAGAAACACACCCUCUAACACGAAGAAGAAACGCCCCGGCACACGCGGCAUGGCCCCCUCUGUGGACUCCCAGCAGAGUGUCACGGUGGUUCUGUUCCAGGAUGAACACACAGUCAUCUCCUCAGGAGCUGUUGAUGGGAUAAUCAAGAUGUGGGACCUUCGGAAAAACUACACGGCAUACCACCAUGACCCCAUCCCCCUCCAGGCGUACCCGUACCCAGGAACGAGCACACGGAAACUAGGUUACUCAGGGCUGGUGUUGGACUCCACAGGCUCCAACCUGUUCUCCAACUGCACCGACGACAACAUCUACAUGUUCAACAUCAGCGGGCUGAAAACCACUCCAGUGGCAGUCUUCGGUGGUCACCUCAACUCCUCGUUUUACGUGAAGUCCACUGUUAGCCCCGACAACCAGUUCCUGGCUAGUGGCUCAAGUGACCAUCAUACAUACAUCUGGAAGAUGUCCGACCCAAAACAGCCUCCCAUGAUGCUUCAGGGCCACAGCCAGGAAGUGACCUCCAUAGCAUGGUGCCCCACAGAUUUCACAAAGAUUGCUUCCUGCUCUGAUGACAACACCGUACGGAUCUGGCGUCUGGACCGGGGGACGGAUCGAGCAAAGUCCUCUGUCGGAGAGGCCAAUCUGGUGGGCUGGGCAUAUCCUAAACCUGCCAUCACCGUGCCCAGUCCAAUGCCUUUGAACCAGGCGGAGUGCACCCCAGCCAAGAGUCCCCGGCCAGGGAGUCUGGGGGCCCUUGCCUCCCCCCAGCCUGCCGCCUGCGCCCCCAGUGGCGCCAACCUGCCUCUCGCCUCCAGCACCACCGCCGCCUCCCCCCUUCAGGCCCAGGGCGCCAAAGCCACCCUCAUACGUCAGAAAACGCCCUCAUUCAUCAGGAACUGGUUUGCCCAGACUCCCAGUGAACAGGUCACUCCUCCUCUCCGCAAGGUGCUCAGCCCCUGCCCCCAGAGUCCCGUCCCUACCCUUCACCCGGAGAGGAGGACCAAGCGCCGGCUGGAGACUGGUGACGGUGGGGCAGCAGGGGGCUGUGAAGGUUCGGGGGAGUGCAACUGCGUCACAGAGCUCUACCCCGCAGCCAAGAGGAGCCGGGGACUAGCAGGAGUGUGCUGCCCCAGUCAGGAGCAACCUCAUGCGGGCACAGAGAGGAACGAGGCCUGGAGAAAAGCGGACCUCCAGGUGAGGCCUGUCCCAGCCACACAGGCAGACAAGGAGAACAGCUCUCCAGGAGGGGCAGACUGGUUGUCAGUGAUGAGCCAGAAGCUGAGGAAAGGUGUGGGAAACCCCAGCAGCACUCUCAGAAGCCCCAGUGCCUUCAAGAGGCAAGAUGGCAGGAUACCGACCUCACCGGCAAUGCGUUCUCCCUCCUGGGAAAUGCGCUCACAGCGAUCCAUGAAGAAAAUAUCCUCCUACUUCCAGCGAAGGACUCUGGAGUGAUCAGGUUGGACUGAAAUUGUAUUUUCAGUGCUGACUCCGAGAGAACUGAGUGCAGAAUCCUUUAUGCUGCUCCUACAGUAUUUUAUAUUUGUAAAAAAUUUUUUUUUAUUUCCUAUGAAUGUAUUUUGAUUUGGAUCACUUUUCAACAUAGAGAAAUCUUUUUAAAGAUACAUUUAUAUAUGUGGGUUGAUUCUUAACCUUAAAAUCCCCAAAAAUGGGUACAAUAUUGCGUAUCCUUAACAAGUUGUCCACUCAACAUAGAAGACAAACUUAGAAGAGAUUCCUGUUCUCAUGUCUUUAUUUUGUACAUUAACUUUGUAUACUAGGAUCCGCUUCCCCUCCACCAAUCCUAACCGUAACCAUUAAAUGCGUCUAGGGGCAACUUCACCCUACACCAUUCAUGGUAUGUCUGCACAAGUUUGAAUUCCAGUCUUGGGUCCCCAUACUGAAUAAUUAGCUGUGUCACUACCAUGUCACACUACAAGUCAUGAGUGUUCACAAAAAGGCCAUGAGACUAAAAUUACCACUAGUAAAGUAAAACGUCAGAUUUCCCUACAAAAUAUUUAGAUGAUAAUGCAGAAAGUAAGUCCCUAGACAUAACAAUACUUGUAAAAGUACAUUAAGACCAAACUUCGGAUGAGUCUGUAGUGUUGUUAGUACUACAUUAUAACAGUUCACAGCCCAUGCAAUGCUGUAUAUCAGUCAAAGGUUUCUGACACUGGUUGUAACUUGGCAUAUGUGUUUGCACUGAUUAUCCUGUUUUGACAUACACACUGAGAUCAUUUGUACUGAAAAGAGUCUUCGAAUGCGUGAUAGUUUGUAGACCAGUCAACCAGCAAAAAUGUUUUGUGUCUGUCUGAAACAUGGAUGUCUGGUGUUUGAGCUAAUGCGAGUGCCUCAUGAGAACAUUUUCUUCUGCUCUCUGCAUGUGAUCACAUGUGCAAAGGUUAGCAUGCUACUAGUCCUGGGGGCUUACAUUCAGAGGAUCACAUGAUUGUGGGACCAAACAAUCUUUCUAACCUCACAAAACACUGUUGGAUCUCUGCUGUAAAUAUUGUUGACAUAUUAAUUGGAUGUUAGUGUAUCCUCCUGAUGCAUAAAUAUAAUAACUGAUGUAUUUGCAAUUGCAACCUAUGCCUGGCCUCAAAAGAAGCACUCACUUGAAGGCCAGUGUGAUCUGAAAUGACAAUGUUUACAAUUUGUUCAUAUGGAUACAGUAUCCUGCCUAUUUAUAAACGUUUCCAGUUGCCAAUUUA